UAAAUAUUUAAAACCACCUUUUUAUUUUUAAUCAAUAAUAACAUCCUUUUUGUAAAUGGUAAAGUGGGACAUUGUUGGGGUUUUGUUCUGUGAGGAACCGGACCAAAGGACUCUUUCAGCGUUGGAGGUUUCUGACCUCUGACCUCUGAGUCAGACCAGCCAAACACGAGCUGUCAGGUCAGAGGUUGUCUUUUAGUGUCCAUUGCCGCUUCAGAGUCACAAUUGUUUUUGUCACCGCAGAAUUUGAAAUACUUAUGCCUGAAGAAGACACGCGUAUUUGUUCCAAACAGCUGGAAAAACACAGAAGCUCGAGGACGAUUUUCCAGCAGAGUUCAAAGUGGAGCUCGGGACGGUGUGGUGACCUCAGGUUGAUUGGGGGGUUUGGACCUGAAGGGGUGUGUUCGAAUGACAGAGGAAGGUCCAAAGUUAUUUAUGUAGGAGGAAAAACGGCAAACCUUUCAGAACUUUUCGACAUGGCUUUCAAAGUGAUCUUUGUGGCCAUGGCUCUGACCCUGCUGGCUAAAGAAUCUGAGUCACAAAACUCUGAUUGCGGUCAGCCGCGGCUCAAUACCAGGAUAGUUGGGGGAGAAGAAGCCCCUCCAGGCAGCUGGCCCUGGCAGGUCAGCCUGCACAGACCCUCGCAGUACUGUGGAGGGUCCCUCAUCAACGACCAGUGGGUGUUGACCGCUGCUCACUGCGCUCCGGGCGCCAACCCGGCCGGCCUGACCGCAUAUCUGGGCCGUCACAGUCAGCAGGAGUCCAACCCUAAUGAGGUCAACCGGACUGUAGCCGAGGUCAUCAUUCAUCCUGACUACAAAGGCGAAACGAAUGAAAAUGACAUCGCCCUCCUGAAGCUCUCCUCACCAGUAACCUUCACCGCCUACAUCGCCCCCGUCUGCCUCGCCGCCUCAGGCAGCAGCUUCUACAGCGGCGUGGAGUGCUGGGUCACCGGCUGGGGCAACAUCGCAAUUGGAGAAGCCCUUCCUUACCCUCAAAAUCUCCAGGAAGUGAAGGUGCCCAUUGUGGGAAAUCGACAGUGUCAGUGCAACUUUGGACAAAACAAAAUCUCUGAAGACAUGAUUUGUGCCGGGUUACAGAAGGGAGGCAAAGAUGCAUGUCAGCUCGACUCCGGAGGUCCGCUGGUCGGGAAGCAGGGCAGCCGCUGGAUCCAAGCCGGGAUUGUGAGUUUUGGGGAAGGUUGUGCUGAACCUAAUUUCCCAGGAGUCUACACCAGAGUGUCCCAGUACCAGACCUGGAUCAACACCCAAAUCACCAGCAAUCAGCCGGGCUUUAUCGCCUUCACCUCCACUGGAACUGACAGUGACCUCAGUGUGUCGUGUCCAGAGGUGCCGCCACUUAUCCUCAGAACCACUGACCUCCUUCAGACUCAAACAAAAUCUGUGGUCUGUGGACGAGCCCCACUGAACCUCCGUGUUUCAGGAGGAAGUUCAGUGGCGACUGCAGGUCAGUGGCCGUGGAUGGCGAGUCUGCAGAAGGACAGACAGCACGUGUGCGGCGGAACGCUGGUGUCUUUAGACUACGUGUUGAGCAGCGCUGACUGCUUCUCAGGUCCUCCUGUGGCGUCUGAGUGGACGGUUGUGUUGGGUCGUCUGAAGCAGAAUGGAUCAAACCCCUUUGAGGUGUCACUGAAUGUAACAAAUAUCACUCUGAGCAACCAGACAGGGUCCAAUGUUGCUGUGCUGAAUAAUUACAUCCAGCCCAUCUGUCUGGACAACGGAAGAACUUUUCCUGUGGGAACAACAUGCUGGGCUGCAGGCUGGAGUUCUGGACGUGGAGGAAAAGAGCAGGUUCUGCAGGAGGUCCAGACUACGGUGCAGAGCUGUGGGAACGGGUCAUUGAGGUCCUCCAUCUGCACUGGAGCGUUUACAGUGGAGUCGGGUGACGGAGGCGGGCCGCUCGUGUGUGAGCAGAACGGGUCCUGGUACCAGGUGGCCAUCUUGCCUCAUACAAGCAGUUUAUCCGGGGGCAGAAAAGCAGACGUGGGGAGGAUUUUUCAAAAGCUGGAUCAAUUUCGGGACUUCUUGACUCGGACGGCGGGGCUGAUCUUGGCGCCGACCUUCAGCGGCGGCAGCAGGACGAAUGGCAAAGUCUCCACCCCCUCUCCUGCCACCAUGGCUACCACCACCUCAGUGACUAGUGGAGGCUGUCGGUACCAGUUUUGUCUCUGCCUUUGUUUCCUUCUGUUGUUUCUUCUUAGCUCCGCCCCCUGCAUGUUUUCUCCAUAAACUCCUCCUCAGUGUUUGCAGAUGCCUGUCCGUCUGUGUUCAGGACAUGAAAGCAAUCAGGUCGAUGGAUUUUCCCGUGAGUGUGAUCCCACAGACCUUGACGAAUAAAACGUUUAGAGGUUGUUCGAGCAGAAA